UCCAACGAAAAAUCCAUAAAUUGCCAUCACUUCAGUAACACAAGUUGUCCAAGCACUUGGACUUUGGUGGAAGUGACUCUAAUUUCAAGCUUCUCUUUUUAGUGGAACUUGCGCUCCAGUUCUCUCCCACCACACAGUUCUCCUCCUAUUCAGCUGCUACUAUUGCAUCAUGGGUUCUCCUUUGUUUGGCACCAGUAAUCUCAUUCUAUUAACCUUACACAACCUUCUUUCUGGCUUUGUCAAGCAUCUUUUUGCGAUGCUAUUUUCUUGUGUUCAUCUUCUAUGGAGUGCAUGUCCAUCUGGACACACCUUCGAUGACUCUGAAGUAGAACAUCAUCGUCGACCAUCUCCUUCAUUAGUACCAGUCCCGGUCCACUUCAUCAUUGAAUCCAUCAAGGAGAAACUCCCGGUGAAAGAGUACAAUUGCUUGCUUGAGAGAUUGGGAGCACAUAAAAAUGAUAGAAUGUGUGUAGUGUGUUUGAUGUGCAUGAAGGCAAGUGAUGAGGUGAGAGAGCUUGGCAGUUGUUGUCAUGUUUAUCACAGAAAGUGCCUUGAUUCUUGGAUUGAUCAAGGCCAAAUAACUUGCCCUUUGUGUAGAUCCAAACUAUUGUCAGAUCAGGGAGAGCAGAUCGAGUGUGAAGGAGAUCCAUGGAGGAGGGACAUGAUGAUUACCUUGUUUGCAGAGGAUUAAUAUAUAUAUAUAUAGAGAGAGAGAGAGAGAUAGUAAUGUUAUUUAGUGAAAUCACAUCAUCAAAUCAGUAAAUGAGGUUAGAUUUUUAAGUCUAAAUAGUAUUACUUAUUCCAAGGCGAUGAACAUGCAUUCAUAUUGCAAAAAGCUUUAUUAUUGUCAUUUACUUGGAUUUCUUCUUCGUUUUUCGGUCAUCAAUUCUACUUUGAUGUCAAUAAAUCAAAAUCUUGUAUAAUAUUAUGUUAUCACUGUAGCUCCUAUAUGUUUAUGAUUAAAUCAAUGUUAAAGAGCUUCUUUUGAUGGAGUGUUUGUAUGUGCUGUUCAUAUCAGUAAUCUAGAAUGUUAAACUUCAGUGGUUUGGGAAAGGUUUUUUGUUAGAACACUUGGCAAACAUGAGUAACGAGAAAUCUUAUGAAAAACACCCUUGUUCGUCAGUGGUAGGUUUUCUACGGUGAGUCCAUCUACACAUAAUGAAU